AUGGAGAGACUGGGCAGGAGCGGCAGCCCUGUGAACGUAACAAAGUGGACGGACCUGUGCUGCGCUUGCAAGACACCCAAAGUACUGGACCCUGAACGUCCGCUCGAGCCUCUAAGGACUUUCAGGAAUGUCACCCGCAAGAAGAAUGUUCCGGCUUCCGAGUACGGUGCGCCCCUCGGAGUACGCCGCAUGGCAACUCCGGAACGGGUAACCCCUGUGUAG